ACUGCUCUGUCAAACAAUCUCUGAAAUUUAACGGCAAAUCUAUUAUAAGAGGCUUCAAUGAGAUUCACGUACUCAACACUCUCCCUAACAAUGUCACCCCAUUGAUCGUUCGGUGCCAGUCCAAGGAUAAUGAUCUUGGAGGAGACCAUACCCUCCAUGUCAAAGAUGAUUUCCAUUGGAAGAUCACCGGAACUACUACUUUCUUCUGCUUUUUCCUAUGGGGUUCAAAGCAGCAAUCUGUUCAAGUUUUUAAUGCUGCGACGCCACAGUUUUGUGGACGUAUAGAAGGUGCACCGGGUCCUGUGUGCUACUGGGAAGUGAAGGCUGAUGGCUUUUAUGUCUCUAGUCACUAUCCAGCUCCUCGUGGUUACUUCACAAAAGUACAUGACUGGUGACGACGAGAAGUGGUGCGAAUUGAUUUAUUCUGAUUUAUCGAUAAAAAUAACGAGUAGAACAACAAAUUAUCUAUGUUUUACUCAGUGAACUUUUGUUAUAUGUUCAUUUGAUUUCAUUUCAUGUUUGAAAACCUUCUCAGACAUCACUUGAUCAACAAAGAUGUCUUCUCUCUGUUAUAAUGGCUUUUCUGUCUUUUUUUUUUAUCUGCUUUUGUUAUGAAAUUAGUGGUGUGCUAAGGUUUGUAAUUGGGAGCUUAUCUCAUUGAUCUCUAAAGUACUUC